ACAAAUUGGAAGUAAGCUGACCCACGUCCUUCUACGGACUCAUCACCGAGAGGUCCGAGACCUUGCAACAGCGGCAUCGUCGUCUGCAAAUCUCGAAGCGAAGAUGAAAAUUGUGGCGGCUUAUCUCCUCGCCGUCCUCGGCGGCAACCCCAACCCCUCCGCCGAUGAUAUCAGAUCCAUCCUUGAAUCAGUGGGAGCGGAGGCAGAGGAUAAGAGGAUCAACCACUUCCUCGCAGAAGUCAAGGGCAAGGACAUAACAGAAGUCAUCGCUGCCGGCCGGGAGAAGUUCGCUUCCGUGCCCUCCGGUGGCUCUGUGGCUGCCAUCGGGGUCGCCGCCCCAGGUAGCGGCGGCGCGGGCGGCGCUCCAGCUGCAGAGGAGCCUAAGAAGGAGGAGAAGGUGGAGGAGAAAGAGGAAUCCGACGAGGAUAUGGGCUUUAGUUUGUUCGAUUAAUGGAGAUGGCUGCAGCGCUAGAUCCAUGUUAGUUAAUUUAAGGUUCUGCUAUCGUUAUGAUUUCAAGGUCAGACAAAGUAGAAUUUACAAGUCUUUCUGCUUUCCAUUUUGUUUUGUUAUUCUUGAAUCGGCUGCUUAUGGGCUUUCCACUAUACCAAUUGGUUGUUUGAGCUCAA